AUGAUGUCAUUUGAUCCUGUCGGGCAUCAAAUCAACUCCACCAUAUCAACACCCAAGUUUGGCCCCAUCGGGUUCCUGAUCCAGCCCCAGGUCGACCCCGGACCAGCGAUAGCUGGCUCCGGUGCUGCGCCGCUGGCUCUACCAAAUUUUGUCCUUGGUAGGCCCUGCCUGCACUGCGCCAUCCACGAUACGGAGAAUAUUUUGGACAAUCGAACAAGCCCGAUGACGGGUCUCUUUCAUUGGAACUCCAAGUCUUGA